AUGUCGGUAUCGAGACCGCAGCUUUCGCUGUGGGAGAAGAGAGACUUGGUCUUUCGUUUGCUAUUCCGUGCUCCGAUACAAUUGGCGUGGAAUUUCUUCUACGGCAUCCCGUUUGCUAUCGCGAGAGGCGUCUCUAUCCGCUUCUUUGCCUUCUGCGCGUAUUAUCGUUUCGCUUUGGGGUCGAUGAGAGCACGCGAAAUACAAUUCCUCAUCCCUCCUUCGAUCAAGACGUACGAGAAAUGGAUCGCGAAAAAGCAGAAGCGUCAUCCAGAGCUCGUGGACAAGCUGCAAAAAAAGAUCGAGUCUCUCCCUGCUAAUGACGGCUCGAUCUUGUGGAUCGGCAAUCGUCAAAAGGCCACAAAGUUUGUGUUGUUUUUCCAUGGCGGUGGAUACGUAGUGCCUCUUCUCCCCGGCCAUCUCGACUGGUGCUGGAACGCGUAUGUCACCGGCGGCCCUGGAGCUCACGCAGAGGUUGCCGUUGCUGUCUUGCAGUACACUCUCGUCCCCGAAGCUCGAUAUCCCACACAGCUCCGUCAGGCGAUCGCGGCGUUCAACCAGCUCAUCCUAUCCGGCAUCAAACCCAACGAUCUCCUCAUUGGCGGCGAUUCGGCCGGAGGCAACCUGGCGUGCUCCGUCGUUCGCCACAUCUGCCACCCAUGCCACCUCGAGAUCCCGGCCCUGCGCCUGGAGAACCGUCUUGCAGGUGUGUUCCUGGUGUCGCCCUGGCUUAGCAGCAAGACGACGACGCCGGCUUUCACAGAGAACAACUACGUCGACAUGCUCACCACGACAUGUAUGUCCCGUGCCACGGCCGAGCUCCUUCACCCGCGAUUCCCCGUGCGGAAUAAGUCCGACGAGAGCGAUCUCGCCAUGGCGAUGCCAAUGGACGGCGACAUGGCGUGGGUGGAUGAGAUUUCUGCGGCGACCAAGAGUCUGUACAUCACUGGAGGUCAACAGGAAGCUUUCAGAGAUGAUAUUCGCGCGUUCUCGGAGCACGUCAGCUGUGGCAAUAAUGAUCUGGAUCUGCUAGUCGAAUUGCCGGAACGCGAGGCUCAUGAUUUCAUCUUGCUUGAGGGUCAGACGGGGCGUGUGGGCAAUGCGACGUGCAGUGAGGCGACAAGUGCUCCUGAGUCAUCAUAUCCAAACCCUGGCUUAUCUAGUGCCUUGAACCCCGGUUCUUAUCCCAGUCAGAAUGAGCGGUCUGGUCGAAUUAGAGAAGGCAUCUUCUGCAUCUGUCCGCACCACCUGCUUGAAGAAGACGACAAGUUUGCCGACGCUGUGGCCAUCGUCGGCGAGAUGCCUCCAGAUCAACCCCCUCUCAACUGCGCCUACAACCGUGACGAUGUCGUCGCUGGCCUUACUCAAUACUAUUCGGCCCUCACGCGCCUCGCCUACAUUCCAUCAUCAUACGUCGACUUCCCACCGCCAGGAGGCUGGACAGAUGCCGAUCUAGAUAUCGGCGCCCUGCGCGCUCUGCGACGCUCCGAGGUCGUUAUCGACCUGCUGCGCCAUCUCCCCUACGCCAGACCGAUGCACGACGGACCUCGUCCGGGCCCCUGGAACGUCGCACCACAAACCAAGGCUGUGCGCUACCUCCGUCACAUGGGACACUUCAGCCAGUGGUCCGAUCGCGGCGACGCGGGGCUUCAUGAGCUCGCUGCCCUUCCCACGCGCGACACGGGAGCCGCUCCGAUGGAUUUGCCGCCGGAUGUUGUCUGCCUCACGUAUGGAGAGUACCGUUCUUCCAGUUCGCGCACGAAGCCUUACUGGUGGAUCAUAGACUGCAGCCGAGGUAUCCUCACGCCGUACGAGGAGAACCUCUACACUGUUGGAAAGGUCCCGCGUAACAAGCCGUGGCGGUGUGUACGGUCGUACUCUGUUACAGAUUACUUCUCUCAGCUUGUGUCAAGCUUAGGUGUUCAGCUGUUCCCCGUGCCGCCGACCGAGGACGACGACGCUGAGAUCCUCGACCCGAGCGCUCUCGCCAAGUCGUCGGAGCCGGUGGACAUCUACAGCGCCCACGGCUGGGGCACUGGCGACCUCGCAGACUUCAAGCACGACGAGUGCAUCGUCGCGCUCCAGGGUUGGCGGCGCCGGGUACACGAGGCAGAACAAAGAAAGAUUGCUCAGGACGUUGACGACGCAGACGAUGAGGACUUUGAGAUGGACGACAGUGAUGACGAUGAGGAUGCGGCGCACGAGGGAGAAGUGGGCGACGGACUUGCUGAUGCCGUGGCGGAUAUGGAGAUGGAUGAUUUGAGUGCCGAAGCUGCUGCUCUGAGAGCCGAUAUGAGCCCAGAGGAGCGUGCAAAGUUUGAUUGCAGACAGACACAGUCGCACUUUGAGUGGAUCGACGAGGAAUGA